AUGCUUAGGGUUUUCCGCUGGAGCCAUGAUUUCCGUCUCCGCAAUGGUGAUCCAAUGCAUGCGCCUAUUUGGGUCUCGCGACCCCAUCUGCCUAUUGUCUUCUUCUUUGAGUUUCGCCUCUUUUCUAUCGUCUCUUUUUUCGGAAUUGGCCUGACCGGUCCUACGAAGCUUGUCUCACGCCCCAACGCAGCUAGGGUUUGUGUAGAAAUCGAUAAUAGAUGUCCUUCGCUUCAUCUGCACGGUGUAAUAAAGCAAGGUCGAUCACGGAUUCAAGCUAUAGCAAAGAAGACUUAUAGUCGAUCCGGGACUGAGAUGCAAAGACAGAGGAAUAUGGUAGAAGGAGUACAACAAGCAAUCAAAGGAAUGCAGGCGUUGAUAAGCGUAGAGGGGCUAGAAAGAGAAGUUAAGGUCGGUAGGCAGAACAGGGGGGGGGUUUGGGAAAGAUAUAUCCCAUUCCUCUAUGCCAUUCCCGCAUUCACUCUAUCCGUCCAACAAGCUCUCUCUCCCAUUGGUAGGCAGAAGACAGGGGUUUUGGAGGGAACUACUAAAGGUGUGUAUAAGCCCUACAUACAGUGUAUGUGUCCCUCCAGCCCAGCUGAGCUUCGCUAUGAACUAAUAGACUGA